UGAUACAAUUACAAGUCCUGCACUCGCAAAAUUAUCUUCCACAAAUGAAAUUUUACGACAAACAAAUGAGAAUCUGAAUGUUAAAAUUCUUCAGGCUCAAUCUCGUAUGUCUGUUCUAACGCAAAAAAUAAAAUCAUUGGAAAGUGAACUCAAAACACUUCAAUAUGUUAGUAAAGAUGAUGUUUCUGGAAAUUCAAUUUUAAGAUUUAAAGAAAAAAUACAAGAACUUGAAGCUGAAAAAGAAGGAUUAGAACAAGCUAACUUAGCAUUCUGUGAAGAACGAAAAAAACUUGACCAAAAAAUUGAUUCUUUACUACAACAAUUACAAUCGGUAGGUCAAGGUGGAAAUGAGGCAGCUACACAACUUUCAGAAUUAAAUGGAAAGAUUGUUAAAUUAGAAAAUGUAGUUUCUGGGUUGAAACAAAAAUCUGUAGAGGAGCAUAAGGAAAUGGAAAAAGAAGUCACACGAUUGACUGAAGUUAACCAGAGACUUGAAAAAGAAAUGACUCAAGUUGGACUGAAAUCACUCAAAGGACCUUUAGGAAAUAUUUCACCACAUAUUGGUGCACGUUCUCAAAGUUUAGAUAAUUCUAUACAUUCUAAACUCUUAAGACAAGAAAGUACUAUUAUUCAACAAA